AUGGCAGAAUCAGUGGUCCAAAUCAAAUGUGAAUGCAAGCACGACCCUUGGGGCAAAAAGGGCAAGGAUGCACUGGCUGCCCAGCUUUGGGCCAAAUCACCGGGCUCGGGUGAUAUCAAGGAGACGGAGACAUAUUCUGAGAUGUGGAUGGGCACAUACCCGACAAAUCCGUCCAAAGUUCUCGCCACGGGCGAGUUGCUCGCUGACUACAUCAAAAAAAACCCGCAGUUGAUCGGAAAGGCCGUUUUGGAUCGAUAUGGGCCAGAGAUUCCCUUUCUACCCAAGAUCCUAUCCUUCGCCAAAGCCCUUCCACUUCAAAUCCACCCCGACAAGGCCUUAGCCGAGAAGCUCAACGCAGCCGAUCCUAAGAAGUUCGGCGACCCCAACCACAAACCCGAAAUAGCAAUUGCACUAUCUAACUUUGAGCUCUUUGCCGGCUUCAAACCACUGAAAGAAAUCGAGGCCCUCAUGAAGCUGAAGCCGCUCGAACGGUUCGUCCCGCCUCACGAGAGGUUCGAUGACGAGCUUCUGCGGCAGAUUUGCAAGGCGCUGCUGAGUGUCUCUCCGGUCGUCGUUGCCGAAACGAUCAAUGAGCUUCAGAACAUUCCCGAGUCCCAGUUCGGCCCCCACAGCUAUAUUCCGGGCAUGCUGGGGAGGCUUCGCAAGCAGUAUUCGGAAUACGACAACGGCAAUUUGGUCGCUGCGUUGUUGAUGAACUAUCUCAGCAUCGGACCCGGUGAGGCAGUCUGUGUGCCGGCGGAUAGUUUGCACGCAUAUCUUCACGGCGACAUCAUGGAAUGCAUGGCACGGUCCGAUAACGUCCUGAACACAGGAUUCUGUCCCAGGCCGGCUCGGGACAGUGUGGAUCUAUUCUCGCGGGCGCUAACGUUCAAACCUCACUCGAAAGAGGAGGUGUGCCUACCACGGAAAAAGAGUGACAAGGGCAUGAAUGGGAAAACCGAUGAGUAUGCCCCGCCCUUCAGCGAAUUCAACGUCCUGGCGACUUGUUUGGGGCCGGGUGAGAAGGAAACGCACAAGGCCAUCUUAGGCCCGAGUCUUAUGAUCGUCACAAAGGGUUGUGGUCAAAUGAACGCUCCUGGCGACAAGCGGUUCGAUCUGAAGGAAGGAUACACCUACUUUAUCGGACAGGGAGUCGCCCUAGACUUCUCGACAGAAAAGGGAAUGGCGGUUUAUCGACCUUAUGCAGAGUAA